AUGGAUGUUGUAUCACCCCUAAGCGAUAACCCUCCGUCGCCGAGAGAUGAGAUCUCUGUGAUACCAGAAGAUGACGUCUCACCAUCAAAUUACUCGGAAAGCCAGGCAGCCGACAUCCCCACGCCGGGCAUGAACACAGACAGGCGCGUCUCAUCAACAGGCAAACGUGUCUCGACAAAAAUGAACGCACAGCCGUUUGUUAAAUGCUCAAUGCGAGCCCUCUACUACUCCCUCGCACCGGAAACGGACACGUCAAUGAUGGAACCGAUACCCAACGGUCCGGCCAGCCCCAAACCACGCCGCUUCAGCAACCCAGGCACAGAGCUCGUCCUGGACCCGAACUUCCCAACGCCCCAGCCAUCGCCCCAGGAGUACCUUCUCAAAGUGCAGACUGCGGCAUUCUGCCAAGACGAGAUGCGUCUGUCCGCAGCGCUAAACCCACCGAAAACCACGCCACAGAUCCCGCUGCACAGUAUCUGCGGCACGGUGAUCUGCAGCCCGACGCAAGACAAUGACCGGCCUGAAGGAUCGAAAUUCAAGAUCGGUGAUGCUGUCUGGGGCGUGACGAGCUAUACCCGCGAUGGUGGCGCGGCUGAUUAUGCCGUGGCCACAGAGGGAGAGCUUGCGCCGAAGCCCGGUAAUAUCGGUGCCCAGGAGGCCGCGGCGUUGGCAUUGCCUGGGUUGACGGCGUGGCAGGCGCUGUUUCGAUAUGCGGGAAUUGAGCCCAGUACAUCGGUGAAUGGCAAUGAUAACGGGAAAGAAAGUGCGAACGCGAAAGCGAAUGGGAUUAGGAAUGGCCAUCAUAAAGGCAGCAUUGGGAGCGGCAAGAGCAGCAUUAAAAGCGGUCGUAAAAGCGACAAUGGCGAUGGCCACGGACAAAGCCUAUUCAGGAAAAGCAUUUUCGGAGGGAAUGCUAAGAGUGACGAUGCUCAUAUCAACGGAAACGCGAAUGGGAGCGACUAUGAAAAGAAAAACGGCACUGGUAACGGCAACGGACAUAAUUGGCUGAGGAAAAGCAUGGACGGAAUCAAUACCGGAAUUGCAAAUGGACAAGCCUGGCUCAUGAAAAAUGCCAACAGUGUUUCAAGCGGAGGCGGAAAUGGACAUGAGAAUGGAGCCGGCAACGAAUAUGGCUACGGUGCCCGCCGCCGUAGUUGGCGAAGAGGGAGCGGUCUGUGGAGGAGGAGACGGGGAUCGCAGCAGCAGCUACGUGUAUUGAUCACUAACGCACGGGGCAGCGAAGUUGGUCGAAUUGCUGUGCAGCUUCUUCGCGCAGAAAAGCUCUUCCCGUUCCCCGAGCGGCCGUGGAUCUGCGUGACCUGCACACCAACUGAAGGGGAUAUCGUCCGCGGAGGCUGGGACGUGGACGAGGUCAUCGUCCUCCCGAAUAUCCCAGCAGCCAAUGAGUGCGACUUCGGAAAUAUAUUCCGAGCCCGCAGGUGGGAUCCUGUCGAUGUUGUCCUGGAUUGCUUUGGAGGAGUUGUCUUUCAACAGACCCAUUCACCGGCUGUUGUGAGGGACUCGGGCGCUGUAUUGACAGCAGUUGAUCCCUGGCCGGCGCAGGAGGCAGCUAUUGCCGAUCCACUGGACUCCCUCGGCCGAAGGAAGCGUGGUCUGAAGACCAUGUUUGUCCCCGUAAGUCCUGAUGCUGCAGCGCUGGAGCGCAUUGUGGAGCUAGUAGAGAGCAAUAUGGUCCGAGGCAGGCCGGAGCAGGUUACCGACCUCAUGCAUGCGGACACGUUGUUGAAGGAUCAUGCUCUGGGUGCUGGUGCUGCUCGACGGGGGUUGAUGAUGGUUGUUCGUGUCAAUUGA